GAGGGGGGAGGGUGUUUCCUGCUAUUCUUCUCUCGGCUUGCUGGGUUCCCAUGAGCGGCCAUGCCAAGUCCAGUGAGCCCGGAGCAGGCCGACCGAACGCAACCACCGGCAGUCUGGUCCUCCUGGCGCCUGCUUCACGACACACACACACACACACACACACUCUUGCACACACUCACGCAGACACACACGCUAGAGCGCUCAUACAUAGGUGCGCUUACCCUACACUUGCUCACACACACAGACAGAGACACAGACACACUCGCAGAGGAGAGAGGGAGAGAGAGGGCGAAGGACAGAGCGGCGCUGGAUCGGAGGAGUCAUGCACACCAUCCAUGGGCUCUGCAGAUUCUGCAUCGGGUGCAGACUACCACAGGUGACCAUCCUUCGAGGAAAAGACGGCUACGGCUUUACCAUCUGCUCAGACUCCCCAGUGAGGGUCCAGGCUGUUGACCCAGGUGGCCCAGCUGAUUUGGGUGGCCUGCAGCAGUUGGACACACUGCUGCAGCUCAAUGGCCAGCCGGUGGAACAGUGGAAAUGUGUGGACCUCGCCCAUGCCAUACGUAACAGUCAUAAUGAGAUAACAGUGGUGGUGUGGAGGACCGGUCCAUCUGUGAAGUCCACCUUUGAGGGCCUCAUCCAUCGCCCCUCUUACAAGCCCUCUCCGUCCGCCUACGAGCCCCCGUCCCCCCCCAGCAAAAAGCGAGACAAGACCCCCCCGGUGCCCCCCCUCCCUGCCCACCACCGCUCCCGACGCCUGUUGAUCAACGGCUCCGAGGGCCAGGCCGGGGGGGUCGGAGGGGCGGGCCUCGCGUCCGGCGUGGGCUGGGGCGAACGACACGGAGAGGAGGCUGACGCUAAGAGCCGGACGCAGGCACAGGCACAGGCACAGGCGCAGGCACAGGCGCAGGCACAGGCGCACACGCAAACGCUGCGCGGGACCCGAGUCAAAGCGUCCAACGGGGACAACUACAUCAUCCUGUCGCCCAUCAACCCAGGGAGCCAGAUAUUACGGCCCGUUUACCCCGAGAGCCACGGCACAUUGGGGGGGAGGAUGUUUCCUUCCCGGCAGACCAGCGUGCCUCAGAUGCCGGCGGGUGGCGUAGGUGGCGCAGGUGGCAUUGGUGGGUCUGCCCCACCCACUUCGGGCCUGACGGGCAGGACCAACUUCCUGCGCCGUUCCACCAACAGUAAGACGUCCAAAACACCGCAUAUGCCCACGGGCGGCAACCACCAGCCGCAGAACUCGCAGAACUACGCCAACUACCAGAACUGCACCAUCGUGCGCUCGCACCUUCCCCAGGGCAACUACGGCACCUAUGUCCAGGCGGCGCCCAAGAUCCUCAUCUUUCCCAUCUUUGUGCAGCCUAUAGACCUGUGCAACCCAAACCGGACCCUGUUUGUGUCAGAGGAGAUGGUCCUCCACGAGAGCAAGCACCACUCCCUCAAGGUGACUGUGUUUAUAUACACAGACCUGAUGCUGGUGACCCGAGAGGACGAGCCUGGCCGGUGUAACGUGCUCCAGAACCCUCUCUUCCUCAAACAGCUCCGACUCCAGGAGGAUCGCACUGAGGAGCUGAAGUUUUAUCUCAUUCACAUGACGGAGAAGUGUGACUGCCUGCUCAGUCUGGAGGCAUACUCAGUGGAGCAGAAGAGGCGUGUGUGCCAGUGUUUGAAGGACAACAUCGACACGCAGCUUCAGCAGCAGCGAAGAGAGAACUUCGCCACCAUGGAGCAGAUGCUGGAGCCCAAGCUUGAGGAACCGUGCUACGUUGGGGUUGCCCAACGGGCCAGCGAUGACGACCCCUCCCUGAGCAGUCCUUCCGAGCCCCCCGUCCCCGCCAGCCCCCAGCCCAGCGACCUGACCUCCCUAGGGGGGUCCUGCACCCCCCUGGACGAAAGCCUGAAGGUGCCCCCCACCCCCCCACCCUCCACCGAGGGCGAGGACGGCAAGAGCACCGAGGGUGACCAGGAGAGCUGGCGUGGGCGCGAGGAAGAGGAGGAAGAGGAGGAGAAGGGCUUCAGCGCCGCGGAGACAGAGCGGGCCGAGACGGGAGACGAGGAGUCCAUCACCGGGGCGAUGGGAGGCGGAGGAGGAGAGGGACAAGGAGAAAGCGACGUGGACGGGGCGAUGCUGGCGGUGGGCGGAGACCUCGAGGACAACCUCUCGGAGGCGCCCGACACGAACGCCCCGCCGUCCUCUUCCUCGUCCUCCUUCAUCAUCCCGGAGCUGCGCCUGGACCGCUCGUUCAGCGCCGACGCCCUGUCCUCCCCGGCCACCGACGAAGAGUACGACGAAGAGGACGAGGACGAGGAAGAGGAGGACGAAGAGGAGGACAGCGACGACGCCUACCUGGAGCGCAGCGACAGCAAACGCCGCAGCAUGGUGGAGCAGUCGUCCACCUGCGAGAAGCACGGCGCCGGGGGGCUGAGCGUGCAGAACUCGCUGCGGCGACGCACGCACAGCGAGGGCAGCCUGCUGCAGGACCCGCGCGCCCCCUGCUUCACCUCCGACAACGCCAUCAACUGCCUGGACGCCGGCGGAGCCAACAAGGGAGGCUGGAGCCUGCCCUCCCCGAAGACCCUCAAGAAGGAGCUGACCAAGAGCGGAGGCUCUAUGCACCAGAUCUGCAUGCUCUUCUCUGGCAGGAAGCUCAGCGCAGGAUCCCAUUGCAGCUGCGACGACGGCACUGACGGAGCCAAGAAGAAGAGAGCCAAGAACCUGGCCAAAGACAUGAAGAACCGACUGGCAUUCCUGAGGAGGAGGAAUGAGUCGCCGGGAAGCACUCCGGCGGGGAAGCUUGAUAAGACCAUGAAGUCUGUCAAGCCCACGCCGGAGGAGGCCAUGAAGUGGGGAGAAUCCCUGGACAAGCUGCUGGUCCACAAAUAUGGACUGGCUGCUUUCAGAGCCUUCCUACGCACUGAGUUCAGCGAGGAGAAUCUGGAAUUCUGGUUGGCGUGCGAGGAUUACAAGAAGAUUAAAUCACAAUCUAAGAUGGCAUCCAAGGCCAAGAAGGUUUUCGCUGAAUACAUUGCCAUCCAGUCCUGCAAAGAGGUGAACCUGGACUCUUACACCAGGGAGCACACCAAGGAGAACCUGCAGAACAUCACGCGGUCCUGCUUCGACCUGGCCCAGAGGCGGAUAUUCGGGCUCAUGGAGAAGGAUUCGUACCCACGCUUCCUGCGCUCAGAGCUCUACCUGGACUUGGUGAACCAGAAGAAAGCCAGCACGACCUCCACCACGUCCUCGUCCUCAUAGAGAGGAGAGCACCGGCAAGAGAGAGUGUGACCGAGCGAGACGGACACGGCGUGGAGAGGGAACUUUCUCCGAGAGAGCAAGAGAGGAAGGAAGGAAGGGGGAGGAGGAGGAGGAGGCUUUCUUCCUUUUAACGUUUCCAUUUCUUCGUCAACUUCUCAUCAUCAUCAUCAUCAUCACCAUUAAAAAAAGAACAUCAUCCUGUCCGAGAUGUUAAGGGACAGUGAAAAAAAAAGACAUGUGAUGGAAAGGAGGAUGAGAAGGAGUCUACGGAUGAGAGGAGGGGAGGCGGUGUUGUUUACAAAGCGUGGACGAAGAAUGGAGAGAUAGACCGGGUGGAGAGAGAAAGAGGGGAGAGGUGAACAGCACAGGUCCUUCGUUCCUUCCGGGGGUAUGAUGGAGAGACAUUGCCAUGGCGACUGACAUGAACAUUAGUGCUGAUUUCUAUUUAAGUUCUUUUGCUUUUUCCCGAAUGUGCCGGGGAGAGAAGAGAGGGGUGGGGUGUGAGGCAUCACUCCCGGAGACACCGUAGACGGUCAGGCACGGCACGGAUCGCUUUUGCUUCUGAUUGCUUGUUUGUUUCGGUUGUUGAUUUGUUUGCUUUCUCCGGCCUCCUCGGCUCCCUCUCCUGUAAGAGCCAGAGGAGGUGCUUGUUGGUACGACGUGGAGACUUCUCAGCUCGCUCACACACACCUACACAAACACACACACACAACACACACACACACACACACACACACACACACAUGCUUUCUGGCCUGUGCAAAUCCCACCCCAACAAGCGAGGAGACGUGAGCUUAACUCCAAAGCAAACAAACAGAAACCAAACAGAAACCAAACCCAGAGCAGCGCAGCUUGUCACCCCGUCUCUCCCUCUCGGCCACAAUGCACUUGUAUUUUCUCAAGCACAGCGCUCCCUCCCUCCCUCCCUCCCUCCGCAAGCCUAGCUACAGCUCCACCGCUCACUGGGGGGGGCAGGGGCCCCAACCCUGCCGCUCUUCAUUCCCGACUAAAGACGGGACGGGCAGAGCUAAGAGGGGGAAAAAAAAGAACGACAAAGCAAACAAACAAACAAACAUGGAUUGACCUAGGAUUGAUUUGGAAAGACCAAACUGUGUGACGCAGGACUACCACUCCCCCUAUAUAAACCACCUUGACUGCCUGCCUGCCUGCCUGUAAAGAGCCCCAACCCCACGCUUGGCUGUGGUCUGUAGAGCUGAUAGGCAAUCCAUUGUAGCUCCCUGCAGAGCUUGACGAGGCAGUAUUCUCAGGACUCUAAGGCACUCGACUAUGAAGCUUCCCAGCUUUGUUUAGUUUUUUUUUUUUUUUUUCUUUUUCUUUUUUACACGUAAGAGGUUAGUCUUGUUAUGUUUUUGUUAGGUUCAGACCUGCACUCCAUGGACGACAGAGGGACAAAAGCUAUCAGCUUACUGCCCUUUUAGCAGAGAAAAACAGAAAGAGAGAGAGAGAGGGGGGGGGGGGGGGGGAGAGAGGUGAUAAGACAGAAAAGAAAUGCUUUACCUGUACAAAAGGUUUGCCUAUUUAUUUAGAACCCUUGCUGGAUGCUCCACCCUCUGCACUCAGCUGAAAGCUCCUUUUCCCUUAACCACAGAAGCAGGUCCAUUCACCAGCAGCAGCAGGUACUGGGCCAAGUCUGGCCCGAGUCUGCGCCAGAUCAGAGCCAGAUCAGAGCCAGAUUGCCCCAGUGUCCACUGCUCCGUGGAUGGCUAUCCUGAUUUAAGUGCAAUAUGAUUUAUUUUCUUUUUUUUUAUCCUUCCUCUUUUUUGGAUUAGUUUUGAUUUUUAUGAGAACGACAAUGGAUUGAACUCUGUUUUAACUUUAUUUGUAAGAGUUAAGUUGCAAAAAUUCAGCUUGAAGUUUGAUUUACAGUUAAGGUAAAUAAAAAACAAAGAGCAAAGUAGACUCCUGAUUUUAAACAACUUAUUCUAACUGUGUUCCCCCUGGCAGCUGGCAGCCGGGGGCAAAAGGAUGUAAAUAUAAUUCUUAAAUAAAUAAACAAAUAAAAAAAUAAAUAAAAAAAAUGACGAGAACAUGAGGUUUCAUGGGUGUCCUGUGAAACGUGUCUAUAUCUAUGUACAUAGGAGAGAGAGUCAAAGCUAUAAAAUGAUAUGUAUUGUUUUAAACUGGGGAGGAGCAGGAGACUAGCCUGCUCACUCCUGGUCAUACACUGCUUGUAAGGAGUUUUACAAAAAUGUAUUUUAUCAUUUUCACUGUUUACAAGUCCAACGCAUCUCCUAAGAUAGCAAGCGAAAAAAGAAAAUAGAGAGAGAAAAACAUUUGGUGUCAUUUGCUCAAGUUCAAUAAAUCAUCCGACUGGUUGAAAAAUA